ACCCGAUGCCAGCGGCCACGUCAGGACACUCGUUUCGUCACAGCAGGGCUCGUGGGUGGUGGUGUUUCAUGAGCCCCCUGUUACUCAGCUACAGGGACCUCAUGGGUCGUCCUACCACUGCCGCUUCUUCGUCCUGCCCUGCUGCUUCUUCGGCUUUGUGGGGAAGUACCCCCGUCGGCAGAGCCAGAAGACGCAGUACCGCGAGUACCUGGAUUUCAUCAGGGAGGUGGGGCUGGCCUGCGGCUUCCACGUGGAGGAGGACUGCCUUCGGAUCCCUUCAACCAAAAGGGUCUGCCUCGUUGGCACGUCCAGGACGUACCCGCCCGCCAGGGAGGCCUCUGUGGACGAGCACAGGACUCGGUACAUCCACAGCCAGAGGAGUCCCAGGGGCCGUCCCCCCAGGGCACAGGACCAGGCUGGCCCCCAGGACGCCGGGGCUGCGGCCGAGCCCGUGCCCGCUGAGGUCCCGGCGGAAGGACUCUGGCUGCCAGGGUUCCAGCCUCGAGCGAAAGUGGAGCGCGUGAGGAACGCUACCAGUCUCCCUCACGACGUCACCGACCAGGCGGUUCUGCAAGUGGCACGUCUGCUGUUGGGCGGGAAGCAGUUACGCAGCGGAGGGAGCACUCAGGAUGCCGCUGGGAAGGCCUGGGACCGAGGAGGUGAAGUCCCACACCUGGGGGACACACGCUGA